AUGGCGAGCAGUCGAUUGCCCAAAACUGUGCUGCCUCGUCGCUAUGAGCUGGAGCUAUGGGUGGAUCUCGAUGCCUGUGCAUUCAAAGGCAAGCUCCAAAUUCUCCUGGACAUUGUGGAGCCAGUUUCCAAAGUUGUCCUGAAUGUUGCGGAUCUUAUUCUGGAAACUGAAUCGCUAUGUUUGCGCUAUGUGGAGGAUUUCGAUGAGAUCGUUCAUCCAGCGGCAUCUACAGUCGAUCAAGAGAAUGAACUGCUAGUGUUGAACUUCGGUGAAAAAAAACUGCAUGUAGGAAAAGCAACUCUGUUUAUCGACUAUCAUGGAUUGCUCAACGAGAAGCUUGACGCAUUUUAUCGAAGCACUUACAAGAGCGGAGGGGUUGAGAAAAACAUGGCUGUAACAGUUUUUGAGCCUGCUGAUGCACGAAGGUGCUUCCCUUGCUGGGAUGAACCAGAUUUUAAGGCGUGUUUUAAAUUUAAAGUUCAUGUUCCUGUCGAUCGCAUGGUUCUGUCAACUAUGCCUGCUCUGCAGGAGGUAGUAAACAGGAACACCAAGAUGGUUGAGUUUCAAGAAUCUCCUCUAAUGUCAACCUACAUAACUGCUAUUGCGAUUGGUGAAUUCGAACAUCUGGAAGGUGUGUCCGAUGAUGGUAUUCCGGCAAGAGUGUACACAAGAUCUGAACAGCUGCAGAAAGCAAAAUUCGGAUUCGAUAUAAUGCUGAAAGUGCUUCCUUUUUAUGCAAGAUUCUUUCAACUGCAAUAUCCUCUUCCCAAGCUGGAUAUUGUGUCAGUUGCAGCAUUCAAGGCUGGUGCUCUUGAAGAAUUUGGUCUUAUAGUUUUUCUGGAUGAUGCUUUGUUUGUAGAUGAAAAUACUACAACUUUGAAGAAACAGGAGGUUGCUAUAAACGUGGCUCAUGAAGUUGGGCACAUGUGGUUUGGUAACCUUGUCACACUAGAAUGGUGGACUCAUAUCUGGCUUAACGAAGGCAUGGCUACUUGGAUUAGUUAUAUGGCUGUCGAUUAUCUUUUCCCCGACUGGAACAUCUGGAUGGAAUUUCACAAAGAAAUCAUGUAUGAUGCUUUCAAGUUGGAUGCCUUGGAAUCAACUCAUCCAGUUGAGAUGGAAGUGCAGCAUGCUCGUCAAACCAUGGAAGUCUUUGAUGUUAUUGGCUAUUGCAAGGGAGCCUCACUAAUUUAUAUGCUGCAAGACUAUGUUGGUCUAACGGAUAUCCAGAGAGGCUUGCAACUGUACAUGGAGAAAUUUGCCUUUAGUAACGCAAAGUCAGACGAUUUAUGGGAUUGUAUCCAGGAAGUAACUGGAAAACCAAUCAAAGACUUGAUGUGCUCUUGGACAAAGCUGAACGGGUAUCCAAUUUUGAAGGCCACAAUGCUGAAUGACCAUGAGCUAGAGAUUGAACAGACUCGGUUUCUUGCAAGUGGACAGCCCGCCGAGGGGCAAUGGAUAGUUCCUGUUAAACUUAUUUCGGGAUCUUACAACUGCCAACAAAGUAUAUUGCUCAAGGACAGAAAGUGUAUAGUUCGCCUGCCAGCACGAACUGUAGUGAAACUUAACAUUGGACAAAGCGGAUUCUAUCGCGUGGAGUAUGAUGAACAACUGCUUACAGCUUUGAAAGACUCAAUUUCCUCAGGCUGGCUUUCUCCUGUCGAUAGACUAGGUGUUCUGGACGAUAUGUUUGCCUUAUGCCAGUCCACAAGACAGCCCCUGUCUGCUUUAUUGUCUCUCCUGGAGGUUUACAGACAGGAAGACGAUCCCACCGUCUUGUCACAUAUGAUCACCGUUGCACUCUCUUUACUUGAUGUGGUAUCUGUUGCAAUCCCAAGUUCAAAAGAAAGAGUAAGUAAUUUCUUAGUUGGACUAAUGGAAAACGCAACCAGCAAACUCAGCUGGGAAGCCGUUCAAGGUGAAAGUCAUUUGAAUUCCGGUCUCAGGGAGGAACUUUUGCAUGCUUUAGUGGUUCUUGGGCAUGAGAAAACCAUAUUGGAAGCCAAGAGGCGAUUCAAGAACAAGGCGAUGGUCCCCCUGGCAUCAAACAUGUUGAAGGCCGCAUAUGCAAGUGUGAUGAAAGAUUGUAAUCGAUAUGGAUUCGAUGAGCUGCUUGAAAUUUACAAAUCUUCAGAUAAGUUGGAGGAACGUAACCUGGCAUUGAGCACACUGGCAGGAUCUUCCGACCCUGUCCUCGUCGUUGAAGCUUUGAAUUUUUCACUAUCCCCAGCGGUGCGGCCUCAAAACGUCACCGACAUCUUCUCCGGGUUAACAAUAACCAACGGUAUCACAGCUUGGAACUGGCUCAAGGAAAAUUGGGGUCCAGUGCACGCAAAAUUAGGAGAAGGUUUCCUGCUGCGCAGACUUGUGGACAGAGUUGCCUCAAAGCUUUGGACUAGCGAUAUCGUAGAUGAUGUCAAAGAGACUAUAUCUUCCAGAAUUUCCUUCUUCCGAAAGUUUUCUGGCCGGUGCAGUGAGAAAGUGAAACUCAUGGCUCUAUGGGUCGAAGCCAUAAGAAGACAAGACUCAACUCCAACUCCAACCCAAUCUUUGUGAGCGAUUGUCAACUUACCGACCAAGCAAAUUCAACAAUAUGAACCAAAUUCUACAGAAACUUGUCUAUAGAACUCAUGCUCCCGUAGAGAUCACUCAUCAGCACGUAGGCACUUGCAUCUUCCUUUGUGCCAACAGCCUGCACCAGUGCCUCAAAUGUAACC